GUGAAGCAGUGGUCCCUGGAAACAGUUCCGGGAAACCCCGCGUGUUGCCGGGGUCGCGCCGCCGUCCAUGAGGAGAAGGAGGAGCGCGCGCCAUUUGCCGUCGCUGCUUGGGCCCGAGCUGCGCCGUGCAGGCCCCGCUCCGCUCCUGAAUUUUUUCCAGCAGCAUAAUAAAAUGGCUAAUCAGGUGAAUGGUAAUGCGGUACAGUUAAAAGAAGAGGAAGAACCAAUGGAUACUUCCAGUGUAACUCACACAGAACACUACAAGACACUGAUAGAGGCAGGCCUCCCACAGAAGGUGGCAGAGAGACUUGAUGAAAUAUUUCAGACAGGGUUGGUAGCUUAUGUCGAUCUUGAUGAAAGAGCAAUUGAUGCUCUUAGGGAAUUUAAUGAAGAAGGAGCCCUCUCUGUAUUACAGCAGUUUAAAGAAAGUGACCUGUCGCAUGUACAGAACAAAAGUGCAUUUUUAUGUGGAGUUAUGAAGACCUACAGGCAAAGAGAGAAACAAGGAAGCAAAGUACAGGAGUCAACGAAGGGACCAGAUGAAGCAAAGAUCAAGGCUUUGCUAGAGAGGACUGGUUACACUUUGGAUGUAACCACAGGACAGAGGAAAUAUGGAGGCCCUCCUCCAGAUACUGUAUAUUCUGGUGUUCAGCCUGGUAUUGGAACAGAGGUUUUUGUUGGUAAGAUUCCCCGAGACUUGUACGAAGAUGAGUUGGUACCGCUCUUUGAGAAGGCUGGUCCCAUUUGGGAUCUGCGCCUUAUGAUGGAUCCUCUUUCUGGUCAAAACAGAGGUUAUGCUUUCAUUACCUUUUGUAGUAAAGAUGCAGCACAGGAAGCAGUCAAACUGUGUGACAACUAUGAAAUUCGUCCUGGGAAGCACCUUGGAGUAUGCAUCUCUGUGGCAAACAACAGGUUAUUUGUUGGGUCAAUUCCAAAGAAUAAGACGAAGGAAAACAUAUUGGAAGAGUUCAGUAAAGUCACAGAGGGUUUGGUGGAUGUAAUCCUCUAUCACCAACCUGAUGAUAAAAAGAAGAAUCGGGGAUUCUGCUUCUUGGAAUAUGAAGAUCACAAAUCAGCAGCACAAGCUCGCCGCCGCCUGAUGAGUGGGAAAGUAAAAGUCUGGGGAAAUGUUGUGACAGUGGAGUGGGCUGACCCAGUAGAGGAACCUGAUCCAGAAGUCAUGGCAAAGGUGAAAGUUUUAUUUGUAAGAAACUUGGCUACUACUGUGACGGAAGAAAUUCUUGAGAAAUCCUUUUCUGAAUUUGGAAAGCUGGAAAGAGUAAAAAAGUUGAAGGAUUAUGCUUUUGUUCAUUUUGAGGACAGAGGUGCAGCAGUGAAGGCUAUGAAUGAAAUGAAUGGAAAAGAGAUAGAAGGGGAAGAAAUUGAAAUAGUGUUAGCAAAACCACCUGAUAAGAAAAGGAAGGAACGUCAGGCUGCCAGACAAGCCUCCAGAAGUACUGCGUAUGAAGACUAUUAUUACUACCCUCCGCCUCGAAUGCCACCUCCUAUUAGAGGCCGAGGCCGUGGAGGGAGAGGUGGAUAUGGCUAUCCCCCAGAUUACUAUGGCUAUGAAGAUUAUUAUGAUGAUUAUUAUGGUUAUGACUAUCAUGACUACCGUGGUGGCUAUGAAGAUCCCUAUUACGGCUAUGAUGAUGGCUAUGCUAUAAGAGGAAGAGGAGGAGGAGGAAGGGGUGGGAGAGGUGCUCCUCCACCACCUAGGGGGCGGGGAGCACCACCACCAAGAGGUAGAGCUGGCUAUUCACAGAGGGGGGCACCUAUGGGACCGCCAAGAGGAGCCAGGGGUGGGAGAGGGGGUCCUGCACAGCAGCAGAGAGGACGUGGUGCUCGUGGAGCCAGGGGCAACCGUGGGGGCAACGUAGGAGGCAAGAGAAAGGCAGAUGGGUACAACCAGCCUGAUUCCAAGCGCCGUCAGACCAACAACCAGCAGAACUGGGGCUCCCAACCCAUCGCUCAACAGCCGCUCCAGCAAGGUGGUGACUAUGCCGGUAACUAUGGUUACAAUAAUGACAACCAGGAAUUUUAUCAGGAUACUUAUGGGCAACAGUGGAAGUAGACAAGUGAGGAGGGAUUGAGAAUAUUGGCAACAUAGAAUUGGCUAUAGCUCUACAUCCUUCAAAACAAAAUUGGCUUAAUGUUUCAUCCUUCAGUAGCGAUUGGCUGCCAUUUGUAUUGGGCUGAAGAAUCACUCUAUUGUGUAUAUACUCGAGUCUCUUAGUUUUCUUUUUCAUAAACGCACUUGGACAUUACUGGGCUUGCAGAAUUCCUGAACUCCAUACGGGGUUUCAAUGCUUUUAUCAUUUUAGGCUUCAUUUUAGCAGUUUAAAAGCAGGAAUGGCACACUGUUCAAUCAUGAUUUUGCAGAACCUCUGGUUUUGGACAGGUUUUUUGUUUUUUGGUUUUUUUUGGAUUUGGGAUAGACUACAUAGGAGUAUGCUGUACAUAAAAGUAAAAGCUAGUGCUUUGUCUUAGUAGUUUUAAGAAAUUACAACAAAUUAAGUUUUCUUGUAUUGAAAAUAACAUGAUUGUAUGUUUUGCAUUCCUAGAAGUAGGUUAACUGUGUUUUUAAAUUGUUAUAACUUCACACCUUUUUGAAAAUCUGCCCUACAAAAUUUGUUUGGCUUAAAACGUCAAAGCCGUGGCAAUUUGUUCCUUGAUGUGAUUGUAUUUCCAAUUUCUUGUUCAUGUAAGAUUUCAAUAAAACUCAAAAAACUAUUCAAAACA